AUGGAAGUAUUAAUGGAGCGAGCCAGAGCUUUCGCUCGGGGGAAAAAUGCAUGUAAUCCAGCUCCGGAGUUGGAUCAUAAGAUGUCUUCUUGGAAGAAAAAUGGUGGGUCCGUAUUCGACAAAGCCCCGUCCAGCAAUAGAGGACGAUCGCACCCUUACAGCAGAAAUGAUAAAUCUCAGAGAGGACGAAGCUCCGGGUCAAGGUUUUACAACCUGUCGGAUCUUUCCAAAACUCCGAGUGAAAUCCUCAGUGCUGAAGGAGCAAGUUUUCCAGCCCCACCAAAGCUUCGAAACCCAGGUGACAAAAACUCUAAAAAGUACUGUGAUUACCAUCAUUCGCGGGGUCACAACACGGAUGACUGUUGGUCUUUAAAGCAAGAAAUAGAGAAGGCAGUUCGCUCCGGUAAACUAUCGCAUCUGGUGAAAGAAGUUAAAGAGGGGAAGUCCAUAGGAAACACGGCGGAUAACCCAAAUAAUCAGCCAGCAAUUUGCAUGAUUAGAAAAAUGAACAAUCAGGGCAUUAAGCGAACCAAUCAGCACAUGGCUGCCUGGAUGCAGCAGCCAAUUGCUUUUCCUCCAAUUAUCUCCGAAGAGAUCAAAGACGGGCCAAUCAUCGUAUCCGCAGUGAUAGCCGGUCACAAGGUCCGGAGAGUUUAUGUUGAUAGUGGAAGUGCUACAGAGAUUAUGUAUCAACAGUGUUUUCAACAAUUAGCUCCGCAAACCAAAGCAAAACUGAUACGAGUCUCCAUGCCACUGGUAAGCUUUUCCGGAGAAGUUGUACAGCCCAUCGGGCAAAUCACUUUGCCUACAACAAUGGGGGAGGGAAACAUGGUCCGAACCGUUAAUUUGACAUACCUAGUGGUAGAUGCAAGGUCCGUUCACAACGUUAUACUUGGGAGGCCGGGCAUGUGCGCUUUUGGUAUCAUCAGCUCCACCAUUCACGGUUCUCUAAAAUUCCCUACCGAAGCAGGGAUCGCAACAUUGCACUCUAAGUCAACGAUCUGCGUAGCAGAGGUACGACAAAGUAACACCGAUGUGCAACCUCCGAAUCCCCUUACAGAAGAAUGGGCCAUACAUCCGCACUUCCCAGAACAAAAAAUUGCAGUCGGGGCUCAACUUCCCGAACGAACCAAAAAGAAAUUAUGGAAGCUUUUGUCUAAUUCACUUGAUGUGUUUGCGUGGCAAACCUCUGACAUGGUCGGAGUACCUCGGUGCUUGGCCGAGCACAAGCUGAAGGUGUCGCAUUCAGUAAAACCAGUGGCUCAAAGAAAAAGAAAUAUGGCUCCAGCUCGUAACAAAGCUAUCUCCGAGGACGUACGAAAGUUACUAAGUGCUGGAAUUAUCAGGGAAGUGCGGUACCAGACGUGGGUCUCCAAUCCAGUAAUGGUAACAAAGAAAGAUAAAACCUGGAGGAUGUGCGUCGACUUUUCUGAUCUAAACAAUGCUUGUCCGAAGGAUUGCUAUCCUUUGCCAGAGAUCGAUUUAAAGAUUGAUUCUCUUUCCCGUUUCUGUCUUAAAUGCUUCUUGGACGCAUAUAAAGGUUAUCACCAAAUCCAGAUGGCUUCAGAAGACGAAGACAAGACCGCGUUCGUAACAAACGAGGGUCUCUUCUGUUAUACUAAAAUGCCAUUCGGAUUAAAAAACGCCGGAGCAACGUACCAAAGAUUGAUGGACAAAGCGUUCAAAGACCAGAUCGGAAGAAAUCUAGAAAUUUAUGUGGAUGACUUGGUCAUAAAAAGUCAAGCCGAAGACAACAUGAUCGAUGACAUACUCGAAACCUUCACCAGGCUUCGGAGUAUCAAUCUCAAACUUAAUCCCAAAAAGUGUUCUUUCGGUUUAGAAGAAGGGAAGUUUCUAGGGGUAUGGAUAACACGGUCCGGCAUACAAGCACAUCCUGAUAAAAUCAAAGCAGUAGUCUCCAUGCAGCCCCCAAAGACGGUUAAAGAAAUCCAAUCGUUAAAUGGGAAGCUGGUAGCACUCCAUCGUUUUGUAUCAAAAGCAGCUGACCGCUCCAUCCCUUUCAUGAAUGUGUUAAAGAAGCGAACUGAAAAAGGUCAGAUAGUGUGGACACCGGAAGCUGAUUCGGCAUUCCAAGAGUUGAAAGUGUGUCUCGGAUCGCUACCCACCCUGACCGCCCCAAUUACUGGUGAAACUGUCACGGUGUACCUCUCCGCCUCUCAUUUCGCUGUAAGCGCGGUACUCGUGGUAUACCGGGAUCAAGCACAAAUCCCAGUCUACUACGUAAGUCGUAUCCUGAAAGAUUAUGAAACUAGUUACCCGAUGAUAGAGAAAUUGGCACUCGCAUUGGUGCAUGCCUCCAGGCGCCUCCGAAGGUAUUUCCAAGCUUUUAACAUAGAGGUACAGACUGAUCUCCAGAUCCAACAAAUUCUCAGAAAGCCAGAGGUUUCAGGACGCUUAACCAAAUGGGCUAUCGAACUCAGCGCAUUCGAUAUCACCUACCGAACUAGGGGACCGGUGAAGGGCCAGGCUGUGGCCGAUUUCCUUGAAGAGGUACCAGUCAGGGAAAGUACCAAAGAAAAGACCGUUCUGACAAAGGUAUGGAACUUAUAUACAGACGGAGCCUCCAGCAAAGAAGGGUCAGGAGCCGGGUUGAUCCUGAUAGAUCCAGAGGGAAUAGAAUACACUUACGCUCUACGUUUCGAGUUUAAGACCUCAAACAACGAAGCAGAAUAUGAGGCUCUCCUCGCAGGGCUCCAGACCGCAGCUAAAGCCGGUGCGUCUUCCGUGUUAGCACAUGUUGAUUCAUUACUAGUUGCUAAUCAGAUUAGCGGAGAAUACGAGGCACGAGAAGAAAACAUGAUCCGGUAUCUAAGCCAAGUCAACAGUUUGAUCUCUUCAUUCGACUCUUGCAAGAUCGUUCAUAUACCGCGAAGCAAGAAUAAAAAAGCGGAUGCUUUAAGUAAACUUGCUUCUGUAGCAUUUUGUCACUUAUCUAAAGAGGUGCUAGUUGAAACUCUGCAAGCUCCGGCCAUUCAACAGGCAGGGUCUGUAAUGUCCGUCUCCGUGCAACAAAGAUCUUGGAUGACUCUGAUCUUGGAGUAUUUGAAAGAUGGCAUACUACCGGAGGAAAAAGCUCAAGCCCGGAAGUUAAAGGUAAAGGCGCUGCAGUAUCAGGUCCAUAAUGGACAACUUUACCGAAAGACCUUCCUGGGUCCGCUCCUGAAGUGCUUAACUCCAGAAGAAGCCAGUUAUGUCAUUAGGGAAAUCCACUGA